UGACAGAUUUCAUUUUUUUGCUUAUUGCAUUUCGUCACAACGGGUUUUUCUAUACGAAAAUCAAGAAUUUUUCUUGAACGACCGGGCGGUGUGUGUAGUAAUAUUAAUUAAUUAUAAAAAAUUGAGUUUUAAAACAAAAUUUAAUAAAAAAAAUGCAGUGCACGCUACGCAACGCUUUAAGUUAUGCCAUCAAGACACCUUUGCGCUCCAAUAGUGCUAUAUUGGGUGCCUUGAAUGUACGUUUUUAUUCCAACACACACGAAGCCGAUUUGGUUGUUAUCGGCUCUGGCCCAGGUGGUUAUGUAGCUGCCAUUAAAGCUGCCCAAAUGGGCAUGAAGACUGUCAGUGUUGAAAAGAAUCCUACCUUGGGUGGCACCUGCCUCAACGUCGGCUGCAUUCCCUCCAAAGCUUUACUCAACAACUCUCAUUACUAUCAUAUGGCACAUUCUGGUGAUUUGGCCAAUCGUGGUAUCAAUGUUGGCAGUGUUAGCUUGGAUUUGGAAAAACUUAUGGGACAAAAAGCCAAUGCUGUCAAAGCUUUAACUGGUGGCAUUGCUCAGUUGUUCAAAAAGAACAAGGUAACACAAUUGACUGGUUUGGGUACUAUUGUAGGACCCAAUGAGGUUAAAGUUGUCAAGGAUGAUGGUUCUGAGGAGACAAUUAAUGCCAAAAACAUAAUGAUUGCCACUGGCUCUGAAGUCACACCCUUCCCUGGCAUUACCAUCGAUGAGGAAGUGAUUGUUUCAUCUACAGGUGCUUUGGCUUUGAAACAGGUACCCGAAAAAAUGAUUGUUAUUGGUGCUGGUGUUAUUGGUUUGGAAUUGGGUUCGGUGUGGUCUCGUUUGGGUGCCCAAGUUACUGCUGUUGAAUUCAUGAAUACCAUCGGUGGUGUAGGCAUUGAUGGUGAAGUCUCAAAAACUUUCCAAAAGAUCUUGACCAAACAAGGUUUCGAAUUCAAAUUGGGCACUAAAGUCAUGGCUGCCGAACGUAAUGGCAACACUGUCACCGUUCAAGUAGAAAAUGCCAAAUCUGGUGAAAAGGAAGAACUCACCUGCGAUGCUCUUUUGGUUUCUGUUGGUCGUCGUCCCUUCACCGAAGGCUUAGGCUUGGACAAUGUUGGCAUUGUUAAGGAUGAUAGAGGUCGCAUUCCCGUCAACAAUCUCUUCCAAACUGUUGUCCCCAACAUCUAUGCUAUCGGUGAUUGUAUUCAUGGUCCCAUGUUGGCUCACAAAGCUGAAGAUGAGGGUAUUAUCUGCGUUGAAGGCAUGAAUGGUGGUCACGUUCACAUUGACUACAACUGUGUACCCUCAGUUGUUUACACUCAUCCCGAAGUUGCGUGGGUUGGCAAGUCCGAAGAAGCUUUGAAGGAAGAAGGUGUAGAAUACAAAGUAGGCAAAUUCCCCUUCUUGGCUAACUCUCGUGCCAAGACCAACAAUGAAACCGAUGGUUUCGUUAAAGUAUUGGCUGAUAAGGCUACAGAUCGUGUGCUGGGCACACACAUCAUUGGUCCCUCUGCUGGUGAACUUAUCAAUGAAGCUGUUUUGGCUAUGGAAUAUGGUGCUGCUGCUGAAGAUGUUGCCCGUGUCUGCCAUGCCCAUCCUACCUGCGCUGAGGCUUUGCGUGAGGCCAACGUAGCUGCCGCCUUUGGCAAACCCAUUAACUUUUAAUUUCUCUACACUUCAACCCUGCCUUUCUGAUCCUUUAAUUUAAUACAUUUUUACUUCUCUUUUCUCACUCUGUCCUCCUCCUAACCCCCUCAAAAAUGCCUUAAGUUAUUGCGGAAAACAUACGAAAACUUUUUAAACUUUUUUUUGUGUAAAUUAUUUCAAAAACAUAUGAAACUCAUUGUGAAAAGAGAUAAAAACGAUUUAAAAACGUAAUUCUUAAUAAAUAUUAAAACUAAAUAAAACGCCUAGCGUGAGACCACA